CCAGCGGCAGCUCGGGCAGAGCCGGGCCCGCCCCCCGCCAGGCCCCGAGGGGGUGGAGGGACUGGCCGAGCCCCGUGCAUUCUUUAGCCGCCUGUUGUGUACCGGGGAUGGCACAAAAGGCGGCCCAAGGCCGUCACUACCCUCGACUCAACAGGCAGCAGAUGUGGAUAAAUAAUUUGCAAGCGAAGGGAAGCCUUCCUAUAGGGGGAGGGCUUUAGGAGGGGCAGGACCGCCUGGGGUCACUCGGUGAAGAGGGCCUCGAAUGCCGGACAGUAUGGUGCAGCGGAUGCUGGAAGCCAUGGAGAGCCUCGGCAGUUCACUGGGGGAGGGGUGACGUCGUCAGGUCACGUGCAGAGGUUUCCUUCGGCGCGCUCGGUCCUCUGGCUGUGACGUCACCGUGUUGCAUUGUGGAGGCGCUGCUCGCUCUUCCCCCAACUACAGCCGGCAGAGGCCGGGACCAGCACGAGGCCCCCAGGCCUCGCACAGCGGCCCUGCGGAAACUGAGGCCGGCACCCCGGGUGGCCGGCGAUGGCAGACCGUGGGGGCGGCGACGCGUCGCUGGGCCUGCUGCCGGACUGCGAGGCCAUGCCGUCGGACACGGGCUCGCUCAGCGACUCGGACUCGGACUCGGCCGGGCUGUCCCCGGGGGAGCCGCCUUUCCUGGAGGAAGCGGCGGACUCGGAGGACGAGGAGCCCCCGCAGCCCCCCGGGAGCCCCGUGCGGCCCUUCCACCUGCGGGGCAUGAGCCCCACCUUCUCCCUGCGCAGCCGCAGCAUAUUUGAUGGCCUGGAAGGGGUGGCCCGGACCCCCGCGCCCCCCGCUGCGGCCCCGGAGACCCCCGCGCCCGACGCCGGAACCUUCAAACGGCCCCUGCCGCCCCCCGGCCCCCCGAGGAGGCCCGUCCAAGCCCAGGUCCCCGACUACGUGACCCACCCUGAGCGCUGGACCAAGUACAGCCUGGAGGACGUCCCCGAGGGCAGCGACCGCAGCAACCGAGCCGUGGCCCUCGAGUUCCUGGGGAGCCUGAAGAAGAGGGUGGGGGGACAGAGCCCCGCACCCCAAGAAAGCUGCGCCCCCUCCUUCAACCAGGAUCCGUCGAGCCGCGGGGCUGGCAGGAUUGUGUUCACCAAGCCCGCCAAGGCUGGCGAGGCGAGGCCAGAGCGCAAGCGGACCCCGUGGAGGGCAGAUGACAGGGAGCCCGGGGACGAGCUGGUGGCACUAGGCCACCUGGGCUCGGCAGGGGGCCCCGACGUAGAGGCCGAGGGAGAGGAGCCCCCGAGGAGGCAGGCGGAGCCCCAGGAUGCUAACAUGCAGGAAGAGGAGGCCGCCCACCUGGAGCCCCCUGCUGGACCCGUGGGCUUCCACAGCAGCAGAAAGAGGAGCAGAGAUCACCUCCGGCUCAAGGGGACUUCAGAGGAAGAGAGCGAGGAAGCCUGAGCAGCCACUGGUCGCAGGGGAUCCCUCCAGGACAAUCAGCCUCCCAGCACGCCAUGGAAAUGCCUUCCAUCACUGGACAGCUAAUCCUCCCCCAGUUGUACCAGGCUGAAAUGGCCUCCUCUCUCUGCCUUCCAAGCUCGCUCUGUUGUUGGGGAAGAGAUCAUUUGGUAGUAACCAAACUAAAUACUGUCCCAGCUGAAGGGAGAAUGCCCCUUUUCUUGAGGCAUGGAACACUGAUGGUCCUGGUCACUUUCCUUCAUUUCCUUUGGGAAAUGAGGUGGGGCCUCUUGUCUGUCAACCUCCCCAACCCCUCUCGCUUGGUUUGUCCUUGUGAAGACAAUAAAAAGUUUCCAUGAA